GCUGGUGAGAGGUUUGGUUUACUACAGGGUUACUACAGGGUUACUAUUGGCUUACUAUAGGUUUACUAUGAGGUUGCUCACCGUACCUUUGCUAUGGAGUUACCAUGGAAUUACUAUGAGGUCACUAUGGAGUUACAAUAGGACUGCAGUAGGUUUACACAUCAUGUGCUGCCACAUUUGAAAACUGGGUCUUGUAUGUAAACCUAUUGUAAAUCUGUUCACUAAUGUCCUACAAAAGGUUUCCUGUAGGGCGACUGUAGUUCACACAGGUGGACAUCGUAGUACGGCAACACACGUAAAAGGAAGGCCUCGUAAAUUUCUUGUAAAUAUGUAGAGGAGGCAUCCUAAAAAUGUCCCCCUUUGGAUCUUGCACGUGUCCCAUGUGAAACUGUAGUAGCUGUAUUUACUAUAGGUUCACAGUAUACUUAUAUAGUUGUAAUGUGUAGCACACUGCAACCUUUGAAAAUUAAGCUUAAUGUUGCCCUAUUAUAGAUUUGAUUCCCAUAUGUUUACUAAUGGUUUACAACAGGUUCACUCUAUAGUUACACUUAGUUUCACACAUGGUAGGGUGCCAUAUUUUAAAACUAUGUUUCAUGUGUAAUCUUGUUGUAAAUCUAUUAAUAAUAGCUCAAUUAUAGAUAGGCUUAUAGCUUUACAAUGUAUUUAUUAUAGGUUUCACAGAGGUAUACUAUGACUUUACUACAGAUUCAUGACAAGUUUCCUGUAGUUUUGUUGUGAUCUUAUGAUAGGUCUAAGAUAGGUUUACAACAGGUUUAUUGGCAUUUACAGCAGAUUUAUUAUCAUGUUACAAACAUCACAAGUUUACAACAGGUUCACAGAGAUCCACAACAUGGCUUUGCAAUUAGUUUACAAACAUGUUUAUUAUUGGAUUACAGCAGGUUCACUGUUAGUUUACAAACAUGUUCACUAGGGGAUUACAAUAGGUUUAUGGUUUUACAAACAUAUUUACUAUAGGGUUGCAACAGGUUUAAGGCUUAUGAUGAGUUUACUGUGGGUUUAUACAGGUUCACUAUAGAUAUACACGAUGUUUACAACAAGCUUUCUGUUAGUUUACAAACAUGUUUUCUAUAGUCUUACAACAGAUUUUCUGUGUUUUACUACAGGCUUACUACGUGGGUUUACUACAGGUUAACUAUAGACUUACAUGUUUACUAUAGGUAUACAAUGGAUUCACUAUGGGUUUACUGCAGGUUUACUACUGAUUUACAAACAUGUUUAUUAGAGGCUUACAACAGGUUUACAAUAAGCAUACACAAGGGCCAACAUUCAAAGACAUAUGCUUUGUUCGGAUUCUUCUCCUUUGACCACGGCUCCGUGAUGCACAUUGGACAGGGCAUUGAAACAUCUUGCCAAUGAUUUCCUUGCAGCUUUACACGCCAGACCCAGCCUCCAAAUGCAGCCUUUUUUGUACGGAAGGCCCCAAAGGGGACCCUCCCUUUAAGACAACAGUGCUAGAGCGUUUGGCUCCUGCUUUCCAAGGGCCCGGUUGCGUUAGUACCUGGCUCCGUUUCAUUCACCUUCAAUAGCAUUUUGUUUCCGGCGGUUUGGCCGUUGGCUCCGCUUGUGCCAAUGAAAUCAGGCUGAUCCGAUUUCCACUAGGAUGACCAGAUAGCAAGUGUGACGAAUCACGACAUGGGAGGCCGAGUCAUUGGUUCCUAUGUGAGACAAAAUCCUGGAUGUUGGGGGUGUCCUUUUAAAAUUGGGACAUCUGCUCACUCUGCUUCCGCCUUUGGGAGGGGAGCGGGGUCUAGUGGUUAGAGCAGGGGGGGUGGAAGCCAGGACACCUGUGUUUUGUUCCCAGCUCUGGGAGAGCAGUGAGGAUCUAGUGGUUAGAGCAGGGAGAGGGGAUUCUUGAUCCUCAAGAUGGGGACCACCAUUCAAGAGGGCGACCACUCAAGUUGGGGGCCACCAUUCAAGAGGGCGACCACUCAAGAUGGAGGCCAACAUUCCAGAGGGCGACCACGCAAGAUGGAGGCCACUAUUCAAGAGAGCGACCACUCAAGAUGGGGGCCACCAUUCAAGAGGGCGACCACUCAAGAUGGAGGCCACCAUUCCAGAGCGCGACGCACUCAAGUUGGGGGCCACCAUUCAAGAGGGCGACCACUCAAGAUGGUGGCCACCAUUCAAGAGGGCGACCACUCAAGUUGGGGGCCACCAUUCAAGAGGGCGACCACUCAAGAUGGUGGCCACCAUUCAAGAGGGCGACCACUCAAGUUGGGGGCCACCAUUCAAGAGGGCGACCACUCAAGAUGGUGGCCACCAUUCAAGAGGGCGACCACUCAAGUUGGGGGCCACCAUUCAAGAGGGCGACCACUCAAGAUGGUGGCCACCAUUCAAGAGGGCGACCACUCAAGUUGGGGGCCACCAUUCAAGAGGGCGACCACUCAAGAUGGUGGCCACCAUUCAAGAGGGCGACCACUCAAGUUGGGGGCCACCAUUCAAGAGGGCGACCACUCAAGAUGGUGGCCACCAUUCAAGAGGGCGACCACUCAAGUUGGGGGCCACCAUUCAAGAGGGCGACCACUCAAGAUGGUGGCCACCAUUCAAGAGGGCGACCACUCAAGUUGGGGGCCACCAUUCAAGAGGGCGACCACUCAAGAUGGUGGCCACCAUUCAAGAGGGCGACCACUCAAGUUGGGGGCCACCAUUCAAGAGGGCGACCACUCAAGAUGGUGGCCACCAUUCAAGAGGGCGACCACUCAAGUUGGGGGCCACCAUUCAAGAGGGCGACCACUCAAGAUGGUGGCCACCAUUCAAGAGGGCGACCACUCAAGUUGGGGGCCACCAUUCAAGAGGGCGACCACUCAAGAUGGUGGCCACCAUUCAAGAGGGCGACCACUCAAGUUGGGGGCCACCAUUCAAGAGGGCGACCACUCAAGAUGGAGGCCACCAUUCCAGAUGGUGACCACUCAAGAUGGUGCUGAGCUGCGAGGCAAUGCUAAAUACUAGACUCCCCAGUCUCCUUCAUCCUAAGUCCCAACUUCUAGAAACACCCAGUAUCAUGCGCAAGAUGCCCUCUGCCAAGCAUUUGAGAGAGGCUGUGUCAUAGCCCCUCUCUGCGAAUCCCUUGUGAAUGGCUUAGGACACUCCCACGACCUCUCAUGGGUGUGCGAGGAACAAGAUGACCGUCGCCUGUCAUAGAGGCGCUGUAGGACAAUGGCGGAUGAGAUGGUGUACAGGCCACAGAGGAGGUUGUAACUUAUGACGUGUGUGGAUUCUACCCCCCCUUCCCUUCCCGUUUUGAAGAACCCCUCCUGCUCCGGCCCCCUCGCGGUGCUCUCCUUUCUAAGCUGCACCCCUUUUGAACAGGUUUUCAUAUCGAUGUAUUUGGCCAAGCAGUAAUGUCGUCCGUUCAUAAAUAAACCGAAGAGCUCUAUAUUUCAAAGGUGUGUUCCUC